GAGAAUCGUUCGGCACACGUUAGCAUUUCAAAUUUCUGAAGAUAACGAAAAUAAUUCAAGGAAAUGUGGACUUCAUUUACCCUUCGUAUUGGGAAACUGUCCAAAGUUACGCCUGUUGAAAAAGUUACACCUAAGUUAAUUGGCGUAUCUGUUCGUUCGCUUCCAAAUUCUUAUCAAUUACCUCUCAAUUCAAAAUUCCCGCAUCGUGAAAGGAUUGCUCUUCUGCAAUUUAACAAGUUAAUUGAAUCUUCACGGAAACGGAAGUUAUCUAUUAUCAAUAAAGCUAUUUCACUUGCAUUAAAGUCAUCCGUAACGUCACCUCAAUCUUUUCUGUUAAAGACCUAUGAAUCGAAUAAAAUUAAGGCCAAGGCUGAACUGGAGCGAAUUCAGAAGAUUGUGCCUUCAUACCAAUAUCCUCUGGCAUCGGCUGCUCUUUCUCUACCAAAACCUUCUAUCCAAAAUGGUUCCAGAACCCCAGGUUCUCUCAGUCGUCAGACGCGGGAGGCUAAGGCGACAGCCGACUUCCAGAAACUGGUUCAGGAGAUUUCUAUGACGCGGAAGGCACAAAUUGAGGACAUUUUAAGCAAACUCAGGAAGGAUAUUUCCAAUGAACCUUCCAAGAUGUCUAACGAAGCGCCGAUGGAGUCCAUAAAAUUUGAUCAGCCAUUAAUGCUUGAAAACCGAAUAGAACAGAAAGAAGCCGAGAGGGAUGAACUUAAGGAAAGGGAUGAAACCAACAAGGCUUUGGCUGAUACUCCACAGAACGAUAUCAAAGGAGAAGCGGAGCCAGCCCCGAAACCAUCAAAAAGCUCUAUCCAACGAGGCAACAAGUUGAAGAGCGAGCCAAACCCUCUGGAAAAAGUGAUCAGCAAUACGAAAAGAGAUCGCCGUAAUACCCCUCAUCAUGCGUCGCCUUCGAAACCCAUAGAUUUAACUACAAAGAACGAUCACAGUGAUCGUGAACGAGUCACUUACUUUAAUCUGUUAAAACAUCAAGUACAGGAGCGACUAAGUAAUGUUACUCCUGGUACUGCUGCUGUGAGUAAUCCAGGACCAGUUGUGAACACGAAACCCUCGUCUUCGUUGUUACCUCGAAACCCUACUGGACUCUUUCGUUUAUAGAAUAGUUUUGAAAAUAGUGAAAUAACAAUUGAAUGAGUUUUAUCUUAUUAAUAAAUUACCUAUAAAAAUUUUUCCGAUUAGUUUUUUUGUUGUCGAUACCGGAAGUUGGUAUACUUACAAGAGUUUUUUUAUUAUUCCAUAUGCUACUUUUUUUUAUGUUAUCAGAUAGAAUGACGGGCCCUUAGUGUUAUGAAUAUUGAAACCAACAUUUGGAAUUUCAUAGAUAUUGCAACUAAUUUUAACUUUUAGAUAUUUAUACACUACUUUCUUUUAAUUUUUCUUUGACGUCAGAUUUGUUUUAUUCUGUGAUCCGUUUGUCCUCCCAUCAAAUUA